GCUAUAAUCUCAAAAAGGCGGGCGGUUGAUGGCGGCUGUCGCCAUCGGGAAGGGACGUUUCGCAGGCGUGCCGGUGAAGCAAGUAACUAAAUCGAACUUCGCCGCCGCAAUCCAGCAAAUCAAAGCCGACAUCGAAGCCGCCGAAUUCGUCGCCAUCUCCACCCGCAAGACCGGAGACUUCUCCUCUUCUUCUCUCCGCCAUCCAUGGCGUCGGGUUCUCCCCAUUGACACUUCCGAGACAGCCUACCUCAAAUCGAAGCUUGCCGCCGAAACAUUCGAGCUCUUCCAGUUCGCCGUCUGCCCCUUCUCGAUCCGCGGUUCAAAGGUCGUUGCUAUCCCAUAUAACUUUCAUCUCUUUCCCAGAGAUGAACUCACCUUAGGCAUGCCUUCUUAUAGCUUUGCUUGUCAAACAUCAUUCCUUGCUUCCAUGGCUCGCGAGGGUUUUGAUUUCAAUGCUUGCAUUUAUGAUGGCUUAUCCUACUUAUCUAGAGUAGAAGAAACCAAAGCUAGAGAGAGAAAGUCUGGAUCAUGGAUGCUUACAGUUACUUCUUCACAAAAUCCUUCUGUUGCCGAUUCAAUUUUCAAGGAAAGAAUCAAGUCGCGGGUUACCCACUGGAGGAAAGCAUGUAAAGAUACUAGCCAAGCAAAAGAUGGAUCUCUUGUUCAAUCUCUGAGGAAACUCGUAUUAGGUGGGGAAUUUUAUGGUUCAAGGCCAGGUAUGAGUGUAGAUAUCUGCAGUGAAAAGCAGGCUCAGUUGGUUUUUGAGAUUGUGGAACAGAUCUCUGAUGACCUAGUUCCUAUUCUUAUCCCUGAUAAUGGAGUACAGCCCAAGGCAGUGCGUGUUGUGUUAACAAGCUCAGAAGAGGAUAAGAUGGUUCUCUUGACUGAACUUCAGAGUUUUGAAGAUGAGCAGAAUCUCAAAUUCCGGGGAUUCCGGCAAGUCAUUGAUUUAAUCUCAAGUUCUCACAAAACAAUUGUUUCCCACAACUGCCUCCAUGAUUUUACCUUCAUUCAUGAAAAGUUUCUCGGUCCGUUACCUGAAACGGUGGCAGAAUUCAUGUGCUCGUUGAGGUUGCUAUUCUCCAAUGUGGUUGAUCUUAAUCAUUUAUUGAAGGAGUUUGGACCUUUAAGGAAAGCAAAAAAUAUUCCUAGUGCCCUGAGUUACUUAAAAAGGCAUUAUUUUGUGCCAAUAGAACUCGAAGUUCCUGAACAAGCUGAAGAUGGGAACAAGAGCCAUGGAAACAAUGUUCUUAAGUUAGUAUUUUUGUUUGCUAAGCUGAAUAUGUUGUUAAAGAAUGCUCCUUCGAGCCGAUCUGCACUCGAGCAAGCCAAACCGAUUGAAGAUUAUGCAAAUAUUUUCAAUCCAGCAUCCCUAACACUUCAUGAACCUGGUGAUGAUGACGAGACUGGUUGGCAGAUUGAUAGUACCAGGAGAGUAAGCACAGAUAAAAUACUCUUCUUAUGGGGCUUUGGUGGUGCAACUUCUGCUGUAGAGCUAAAACAUUGUCUCUUGCAAAUUCAUCCAGUGUUCGUAGAAGAUUUUGAUGUUCGCUUCGUUGAUAAGACCUGCGCUGUUAUUGUUUUUGAGACGUUAGGCUCUGCUGAGACAUUACUUAAAGACAUGCAUUCAGUUGACACUGUUUCAGGUGUUUUAAGAGACAUGGUUGUGGAAGGGUUGAGGGCAGCAGGAUAUGAAGCCUACAAGAAGGUCUGCAGGUUGGGCCUUUGGGAGGGAGACUUAGCUGAUUCAUUGGAAAUUGCAUUGGCUGAGACUGUGGAAGACCUUUGUUCAUUAUCCAAGACAGAUACCAAUGAGAAUCGCUGGAAAAAUGAGAUGAUGAUUGAUCUAAAUGAUCUUUAGAAACUUUCUACUGACUCAGCUUCUGAAUAAUUAGUUUCAAACUGCAGUAUACUAAUUCAUAAAUGAUUUCAAGCAUAGGCAGGAGUGAUUUUUCUUUAUACAAAGCAAUGCAGUGAGACAUCAUUUACAAUUUUAGGUGUUGUACACUAAUAUUAUUGGCAGAGUUUCUUUGUCAGUGUAUUCAAGCUUCCAUAGAAUUCUAGUCAUAUACGGGCGGAUGUGCUCAUGAAUUUUGUCUGUAAAGAAGAGCUUUGUUUGCCAUGGCUUCAUUUCUUUGUGAAAGCUAUCAAAGAAUUGCUAAAACAGCAUGGAUCAUGGUCUCAUCCUUGUCUCUGGUUGUAACCCCUCUCCAAACUAAUGUUUUCCUCCAAAAUUAGCAAGGUAAAGAACAGCAAUCAUGAGUGCUACCGCAACCAGGAAUGGUUCAAAAGCUGUUACUGCUAUCGUAUUGUUCCC